AUGAGAUAUGCCAUGGAAGAAAUUUUACAGUCUUCCAAGUUUACACUUGUUAUCACAUUCACUCAUCUUCUGUUUUUCGGAACUUAUACAAUUUGUAGUAUUCUGGUUCGAGUUUUGGGUGAAUCAUUCUUCGGUUCAUUCAUCAAUCAUUACGUUGCAAGAGGUGUCAAUUGUGCUAUUCCGACAUACAAUUUGAUUAUUGUCCUAGUUUCUUUCCAAUCACUUCGUCAUCUGAAUUCAAAAAGAUCUCUCGAGGUUCAAACGACAGUUCAAUUGAAGACAACUGGAAACGAAGGAGCUAGAAACUAUGAGGAAGCAACUAUUAAUAAGUGGGCAACUAUUACCAGCGGACGAAUGAGAGCGAUUUGA